UGUGUGUAGCUGCACUCGCAGCAGGGCUAGAUCAUCAGAGGAGGGAAGUACGCGAAGUGUGUCGACACAUAUGAGGAGAGGCAACGACUGACCGACUAAUUGAAUCGACACCUUGUGGACUGUACUGCGAAAAGCAGCCGGCAGAGUUAUGUAUUGUGCUCAUCCUGUCUCAGGAGCAGGCGGCAACCCGCUUAUGUACUGCUACAACAUGAAGCCGAUUUAUGGGCAGUCCGAUAACGACGACAGUGACCAGAACUCAUCUUUACAUCUGUCCAGUAAGGCCUCCAGCAAUGUGUUUGCCAGUACCUUUUUUGAGGGCACCGGCAAUUUGCCCGACAUCUGGAGCGCAGUAAAUGGGCUGAACCAGCACAGCUAUGAAGGUGCGCUGGGAGCGUGCGGUGGCCACCAAACACAGGCGGGGAACUACGGCGGUCUGCCGCCGACGCACUGCAACCUGGACUAUUCUGCACACACUGUGAUGGCAACAGACUUGAACAGGGCUCUCCCUCCCAUGUCCACUUUUCACCGCAACAAUGCAUCAUCACACCAGCCAUCGAUUAACCCGGCAGACAGUUCUACAGCCUCAGGGAGCCGCACAACCCUGUCUGGAGGGUCGCAGACCGGCGAUACGUUGGGCAAAGCUCUGGCUUCUAUUUAUUCCCCUGAUCACACCAGCAGCAGCUUCCCUUCCAGCUCGUCCACGCCUGUGAGAUCCCCGUCUCCUCUGGCCAAUGCCAGCGAAUCCGCAGGAACCAAUAUGUGGAACCGCAGCUCGGUGCAGACACCUGUGUCGCCACAUUAUGAAUCCUCACUUAUAUCCAUGUCUCAGGUAGAGGACCGACUGGACAGAUUGGAUGACGUGAUCCAUGUUUUAAGGAACCACGCUGUCGGUCCCAUGCCUGCCCUGCCCGCUGACAUACACGGCCUGCUGAACCAGAACCACCACCACAACAGACCCACACCCGCUGGCGUCCUUACCUCCCACACCCCAACUAUGGUUGAGGCUGUCACCAUGAAUAACAACCACUCAGGCUUCCAGGGCCGCACACAAAACGGGCACCCGUACUCUUCCAGACAAGGCAUCGCACCGGAGCCCGUUCCGGGAGAAUGCAGAGCAGGGAGUUUGGGAAUUUCGGAGAAUACGGAACUCAAGACUGAAAGCAGCGAGAGGGAAGACAUGAUGCACACGGGUAACAGCUCCGACAGUCAGAAAUCAGAUGAGGAGAACGAAUUCAAGAUGCACGGAGACAACAGCAACAGAGACAGCAUCCACGAGGACGAAGAUCUGAGUCCGGAGCAGAAGGCGGAGCGUGAGCGCGAGAGGAGGAUGGCCAAUAACGCGCGGGAGCGUCUACGUGUGCGCGACAUCAACGAGGCCUUCAAAGAGCUGGGCCACAUGUGUCAGCUGCACCUGAAAAGCGAGAAACCGCAGACCAAGUUGCUGGUGCUGCACCAGGCCGUGGCCGUCAUCCUCAGCCUGGAGCAACAAGUCAGAGAAAGGAACCUCAACCCGAAAACAGCUUGUCUGCGGAGAAGAGAAGAAGAGAAAGUGUCUGCCGUCAUGACGGACCCGCAGUCUAUGCAUGUCGCGUUUCAUCCCAGUCUGACCGACCCUGUCAACCCGAUAGGCCAUCUCUGAAGCUCCAAAUUUUCAACAUCACCCAGUUAUGUGGACUAUAGGCUUCCAAAACAAGACCGUAUGUUUUUGUAAUAACGUUUGGUUGGUGAAACCGUGUUGAAGGAUAGCUAAAGUGUGUUUGGAAGUAUAUACAGUGCACACUUUAAAGGAAAUUCAAUACAAAGCUAAUUUAAAGGGAAAGACAACAUGUUUAUAAUGUGCAUGCUAGCGGAGAGAACUUUAAAGCCAAGCAUAAAUGACAUUCAUAUGAAGGACAGUUGGCCAAAGUAUAAAUUGAAAAGACACAGAAUUUAAUUUUACUAAUGUCUGAUAGUUGACAAAAACAAACAAAAACGUAGUAUUUCUAGAAUGUAGCCACCCAACAUGGGGGCAAACGUUUUAUCAAUGCCGAUACUGCUUUGGCAACUAAAUGUGAGUAUCCCAAAUAGACAUGUGCCGGUAUGAGAUUUUGACGGUAUGAUAACCUUAAGCAAAAAUACCGUGGUAUCACGGUAUUUCAAUUAUAGCUCUAAAAUUUGUUGUUUUGACACACAUGGGUUAAUUUUUUUCCAUUGAACAAGAUAUUUUCUAUUUUUCACAACAUAUUACGUACAUUACAUACAUUAUAAUUUUAGAAUAGUAACUGAAAUAUUUUAAAUUAAAAUAGAAUUUAUAGACUAAACCCACAGCCACAGCUCAAGUUGCUAAACAUUAGAACAAAAAUACCGUAAUUUUCGGACUAUAAGCCGCUACUUUUUUCCCUCAUUUUGAAUCCUGCGGCUUAUAGUCCAGUGCGGCUUAUUUGCUUAUUUAUUUGGGUUAAUAGGUAACACUUUGACAACGGUGUCAUAAGACUGCCAUAAGACCGCCAUAACUACGACAUGAUUAUGACAUUAUCAUGGCCGUUAAUAAAUGCUUAUGACAGAUGUCAUUAAGUAUCAUCUGGCGAAUUACGUCACCAACACUACAUAUAUGUCCAGCUCGGAUCUUUUGCAUCUAUUCAAAAGUGAGAUAAUUUACCGGAUGACACAAAAUGACAUCUGUCAUGAUGUCAUUAAUGCUUAUGGCAGUGUCAUGUCAUAAUUAUGAUGGUUUUAUGACAGUUUUAUGGUGCCACUGUCAAAUAAAGUUUUACCAAAUACCAGAGCUAGCAAUUUAUGAAACAACUGGAAGAGUAAAUGAAGAAAUAAUUAGCACAGAACAUGAAUUUUGAUUGUUAUUUAAUAUUUGUAGCGCUACAACAGUGUUGACAGCAGGUGGCAGCAGAGGUUGACUGUCUCCCCCAAGGGAGCAGUGAUGGCCAAAUGAAGCUUCUUGAAGCAAAGAAGCUUUGCAUCCAAUUGGUUCAAAGCUUCAUGGUGGCUCAUUUGGUGUUACCGGUUAAUAUAUUUUGGUGUAAAUAUCCUAUAAUACAGUGAGGACAGCUGCGGCUUAUCUAUGAACAAAUGCUGUUUUCGUGUCAAAUUUGGUGUGUGGCAGCUUGUAGUCAGGUGCGCCUUAUAGUCCAGAAAUGACGGUAUUUAUUUUCCAUAAAAAAGUAAAAACACUUUUGAAGAAAAUUCAAUAUAUAUAUAUAUAUUCCAGGCGCUUUAAAGCUGACUUUAAAGCUCCACCUCAACAUUUUUUGAGGCUUACUCAUUUUCUAUAUAUUUCUCUCACAGUCUGAAACAUGCUGGAGUGAACUCUCGAGCUGGUGGGAAACGUUCAUGACAUCAUUUACUUACCGUAAAUUUUGUGUAAAGUGACGGAUGAUGGUCACGUAAAUGUGAAAUCAGGUUGGAGGUGUUGCCUGCACAUCGGCUGUCUUCCCUCCUCUAAGUUGCAGCCGUCUGUUUCUUUUCGGUAGCCCAAAUACUCCCAUACUAGACGAGACAUUUUUGAAAAAGCUCAGGUGUAGUUUUGAGAGUGACAGCCGUGUCAUCGACGCACAGGACAGAGCAACAACUGGAGGGGGAGGGGUGAGUGCUGUCGCUCCAAGCCGUUUGUCGCUGCAUUUUUGGGACAUAAAAAAUACCUAAUGCCGUACUACAGUAUGACGGAAAAUGUAAGUGGUUUUGAAACCUUGACGUUUUCAUACCACGGUAAACCUUGAAACCGGUCCGACACAUGCCUAAUCCCAAAUUAUCAGCCCUUCUGUGUGAAAUCAGUAAUACCUUUUGUCCCAUGAAACUGUGUUUGAAUCUAUCAGUAUUAAUGUGCGUGGGUAUAACCGACGGCAUAAAAAUGGCUGCGCUUAUAAGCGUUGUCAUUUUUUGUUUUGUUUGUUUUUAGACAUUAGUUUCUCCAUUAUCAGGUCCAAGAAAAUUCACAAUUUACGUACUCAAUGGCUUUGUGCAAUCAUUUUUAACACGGUCAUUUAUUUUAGGUGUUGUCUUUCCCAUUCACCGCAUUGUUUUCCCAAAACCUUCACACCAACAAGGCAUUAUCGGAAUCAGUAUCAAACUCAUUCGUCAACAUUGUCCAUCACCGCCAGUGGCACUUAAAAUAUGCUCAUUCACUGCUCGUCCUUCCAUUGGCACUUGAACAAUCAUUUCUCCAACACACUUCUAACUUUGUGCCUAAAAGUGCUUCAAACAGACAAAUGCAUUGUAACUUGCUGAUGUUUUGUACAUGUUUUGGAGGCUGUAUUUAUUACCUUUACUGGAUGUUUGCAACUCAGUUAUUUGUGUGCGUGCGUGUGUUUCAGGAGUUGGACCAUUCUGUGAAUGAACAGUUCUCCAAGAAUGUUUUAAUUAGCGUCUUAUCUAUGGAAGCUGUUCUUUGAUCUGUAUGUUUAGCACUGUUACAAGAACAACACUGGUGGUCAAAAACAAAAAAACGACUUUUCACCUCUAGCCAAAUGUUGCAUGUUUAGGACAUAAUUUUUUCCGAAGUUAUCUUUUAUACGAAAGUCUGUAAAUGCUUUUGUCGCUCUGAUUUUACAAAAGAGACAUUUCUGUGCAGUUUUAGACACAAUUCUUGUGUUGAGCAAUAUGCUGUUUAUGGAAAUAUCUAUGACGUGUACAGUAUGUGUACAGUUUAAAGUAGCCUGAUGGCUUGUGACUACAUU